AUGUUUAGAAGUAUUGUUCCAACAACGGUUGGGUUAAACAAUUCCAAGUAUGUACAUGCGAAUAUAGAUGAGGAAUAUAAUUUCCAUGGAUUAAACGAAGACGCAAUCAAUGAUAAUAAGAAAAACAAUAAGUCAGCACCAUCAGAACAAAUAUUAAGUGCAUCGAACUCAUAUAAUAUAAAUUGUAAACAUCUAGAGAAUUGCACAACCCCAGAAGAAAUAGCACUUAAAAUUUUAAAAUCUCAAAAUUUUCAAAAUAAAAGAAAAUAUACAAAUGAAAAUCAUGUACUUUAUGAAAAAAAAAAAAAAAAAAAUUCAAACAUAGAUAAUGAGCAAAUAUGUUACGAAAGUUUUUACUCGCAUGAGAGACAUAUAUCACCACCAAAGGAUAGACGAAUUAUACAGAAAAGCAAUUUUGGUGAAUUCUAUUUUUAUAAUAACCCCCCCGAUAUUUAUAUGCACAAUAAUGUAAAUUAUACAUACGGAAAAAAACAGGACAAAGAUUUAGUUCCAAAGUUCAAUUCUUCAAGUUUCAAUAGAUAUUCAGACAGGACUAAUCGGUUAAGUAACACCUAUAGAACCCAGGAAAUGGGUUACAAUAAUAUUCACACAUACCAAAACAUAUAUGAAAAAAUAUCACAUCAUGAUCCUAUCCAUCAUGACGACAAUUAUAUUGAUCAAAAGUUAAUAAAUGAAAUGGACAUGAUCAAAUUAGCUUAUAAGAAUAAGUUCAACAAGUUGAAGACAAUCAACAAAAUUGACAACCAUCCUUGUAGUAAUUAUAAAAUUCUUGAUGAAUACCCUCUCAGGGUGCUAAAUACAAAGGAAAAUCUUAGAGGGAGAAAUACUUAUGUAAAUUCAAUUGAUGUUGAGGAAACUCAUGAUGAUUCCAUUGAUGUGGAAAUGGUUCAUCAUGACUUAUCUAAUCUUCACCUGUCUAGUGCUGAACAACCCAAUGUUCACCUAACUAACCUUCACUCGAUUUAUGAUAAUCCGAUUAAUGUGGAUACCAUUGAUGUGGAGGCUGUUUAUGAUGAUAUGCUUUGUAUAAACCAAUCAAAUGUGCAACUUACUGGUGAGGACCUACUUAGGAUAGAUCCAUGCAGUAACAUAUGUUUACAAAAAUCAGAACACCCACAAGACAAUCAGAACCAGAAACAAUUACAAGUCGUUAAGCACGGUGAUAGAAAUGGGCAACAUAUGUAUGAAGCGUAUGAAGCAAAUACAGGUGAUAGAAUCAAACAUUUCGAAGGCGAAAAUGAUAAAGAGAAUAGCUCAGUUAGCAAGUUUUCAAACGUAAAGAAAGAACAUGAAAUUAUUCUUGAAACGGAGGGAGGAAAUAUAAAUCCAGAUCUGCUGAUUGGGGGAAGCAUAAAGAACAAAAAGGAAGAAAAAGGCGUAAGGAGCGAAAAAAAUUCGGCAGAUGUGAUCACAAAAAAUCCAAAUAAAAUCAGCAAAAUGGAUGACAUUCAGAUGAACGAGAUGGAAUCAAAAUCGACAGAGUUAUCACAUGAUGAAAGUGAUGAGCGGUUAGAAGUAGACGUGGAAGCGGACAAAGGGGAUGACAUAGAUGUUGACGUAGAAGCAGACAAAGAAGCUGAUGUAGAAGCAGACCAAGAAGCAGACCAAGAAGUAGACCAAGAAGCUGACGUAGAAGCAGGCCAAGAAGCUGACGUAGAAGCAGGCCAAGAAGCUGACGUAGAAGCAGGACAAGAAGCUGACGUAGAAGCAGGACAAGAAGCUGACGUAGAAGUUCCGAAUUCGCUCAUGCCAAAUAACUUGAUAAAAUAUGACAAAAAGGUGCAGAUAAAUCAACAUGCGAUUGAUAUCGAGUUCCGGGAAAAUAACAAAAUGUGUACCCAAUUGGAAUAUUACAUUGACUUAUUUAUAUAUCUAAACUCGAACGAUAUAAAUAAAAAUAAAAAGAUCAAACAAAUUAUAACCUGUCUAGAGGAAUGUCUGAAAAAUGAUAAGAACAUAACUUAUGAUAGUGAGAAUAAAGUCCAAUUUGUAUUUGAUAAAAUUUUUUCGAAUGUGAAGGAUUACUUGAAUAAGGAGAUUUGUUAUAGGAGGAGUCGACAAAAAGAUAUGGUGUCAUCUGAAGAGGGAGAAAGGAAUGGAAACAACAAAUAUGUCCAAGAAUGUAUAACUUACAGCAAUCAUGAGGAUGAGCUCAAUUUAGACAAUGAACGGGACGAAGCUAUCCAAAGUGGAAGUGAUAUUUAUAACAAUGCUGAAGAAGCAAAUUUUCUUGUUCCAUUCCAUCGAGAUAAGAUAAAAAAAGAAAGCAAAAAAAGUAGUAUAAAGAAGAGUUUUAAAAAUCAGAAUGACGUUAUAAUGAACGAUUUAACAUAUGGACAUUACAACAUUUUACUAUAUCUAAUUUUACUUAAUUUCGAAUGCUUUAAGAAAUACAUUGACAUAGAUCAGCUGAAUGAAAAGGCAUUAAUAAAUUUAAAAAUGGACUUCAAAAAUGUAAUAUUAAAGUUAUGUCUUAGUGAAAUAAAAAAUAGAAUCAUUCAAUUUUACCAUGUUCAUGAGAUAUACCUAAUAGAGCUAAACUGGGUAUAUGAAAAAUGCCUUUUUUAUAUUUCUGAUAUUUAUGUUUAUAUCGAAAAAUAUGAUACUGUCUUGGUUAAUCUCCUCGAUUUAUGCAUCCUAACGUUUCAAACACAUUACAACGUUCAGAAUAUUAUUAUAAAUUCUAUCAAUUUGAUACUGAAACUUUUUAAAAACAGAAAUAGAAAAAAUAUGAAAAAAUAUGUCUUGGACGAAAUACUCUCCAAUAUAAAUAACGUAAAUUUUAAGUACAACAAAUUGAACUUCAGAAACAGUCAUGUCAACUCGACUUACAUACAUCUGACAACCUUUGUUCUCAUCAAAAUUGCUGAUUCCUUUUCUCAUUAUGAUGGAGAUUUGAAAAGGAUGUUUUUUUUGGAACAGCAACAGAAGGGCAGCAAAGGAGGAGCAGUGGCUGUUCAGAAAGGGGUGAAUACUGAGCACAGGGGUUCUACCCAUGUGGACAGUGAUGUGGACGUCAGCAACGACGAUGAUGAAGACUAUAAUGAUGAUGAGGACUAUAAUGAUGAUGAGGACUAUAAUGAUGAGGAGGACUAUAAUGAUGAUGAAGAAUACCUUGCGAAGGAGGAUCUGAAGUCAAGGUGCCACAGGUAUAACAAUCGCAAAAAAGGCAAAAAAUGUAAAAGCAGGAACAGUAGCAGCAAUUUCAACAGAGGUGAAGCGGAGGAUGCCGAAAAAUCCGAUUUGUCCCUGAGUCUAAGCGUCUUCACGAGCGAUGAUGAAAAUAGCAUCUCCUGCAUUGGGAACAGCUCUAAAACCAGUGAGAAAAUAGACAAGAAAAUAAAACACAGCAAAAGUAAAAGGGUUCCUAGGAGGCUCCAAAUAAGAACAAAAGAAGAACGAAAAUAUUCGUUAAGAAAAAAAAAAAAAAUAACAAGUGACAUUUACAACUAUGACAAUAUUAUCAGUACACAAGAAUUAAGCUCAGAAGAGAAGGAAGGGGAAAAAGGUCAAUCAAGUGUCAAUAAAGAGAAAAAAAAAAAAAAAAAAAAAAACAUUUUGACGAUGAACAAAAAUGGGAAAGCAUAUAGCACGAAAAACAUAUUAGAAAAAAAAACGAGCAAGGAGAGUAAAUUUCCUUUAGAGAAUGAAAGCCCAUCGGAUGAAUCGCUGAACCAGUUCAUGAUGAAAAAAAACUACAAAAGGUUAAAUCAUGUAAUCAAUUAUAUAUUAGUAGAAAUUAUAGAAAAAAUAUUAUAUCAAGAUAAUAAAAAUGCAAAAACAAUACUGCAAUGCCUCAUUUUGGACCUAAUUAAAUGUUGUGAUAACCCAAUAUUCAGUAUAAGUACAUUAUUUGUGAAAAAUUCCAUUCAUAUAUUUUUUGACAUUAUUAAUAAGAGACAUGAAGGAAAUGUUAAAGAAACUUGUCUAUUCACAUUGAGAUAUAUAUUUAAGUAUAUAUUUAAUAUAUAUAAUUAUGUGAAUUAUUCUUAUUUCCAUUUAUUAUACAACUUAAAUAAAGAGCUUUACCAGAAAAAAUUUAUAAGACCUCUUUUUCAAAUUAACGAUUUUAAGGAAUGCAAUUCAAAUCUGAGCAAGAUUCCAUCUAUAAAAGGAGAUGGUUCAAGUCGAAAGAGCAAUGAGAGUGGGUAUGUUUCGAAAAAAAAAAAAAAAAAAAACUCAAAAGUGAAGAAAGGGAUAAAUGCAGAGGUAGAAGAAGCAGAAGCAGAAGCAGAAGAAGGGAGAAAAGAUGUGGAAGCUCCUAACAGAACAAACGCUAAGAGAAGCAUGGACGAAACGCAAAAACUGUUCAAGUGUUGCGACAAAAUGAAGAAAAACGAUAAACUCUUGCGAUGCCUACAGUGUGAAUGCUUCUAUCAUAGGACUUGCAUAUAUAAAUACCUAAAUAAAUUAAACAUACAUGGUGAUAUCCCUGAUGAAGGAAAAUAUGCAGAUAAUAACUUGAGUCUAAGCAGUAGAGAAAAAAAAACAGACGUCGAAAAAAAGGAAUUUCAAGGAGACACUUGCGAUGAAGAGAAAAGGAAGUUUUAUGAAAAAAAUGUGCACAAUUCUGUUAUAAUAGAAUAUAACUGUGAUAAUUGCAAAGUAAGAAAUAUAAUCAAAAUUUUUAUUGCCAGAGAAGCACAAAGGAAUAACAGUUUCUUAAAUAGUAAAUUUAAAAAGAAAAAAGAAAAAUAUAAAGGAUUCUAUUGCUUCGAAAAAUUUCUUAACAAUUUAAAAGCUUUUGUCGUGUAUUAUUAUUACUUACUCGUGCAUCUAAAAAGUUAUAGAUUAAAUGAAAACAUUGAAACUAAUUAUAAUCACAUAUUCUCGUAUAUACUUCUCCUGCACAAUGAUUUUCUAUCCAUGAAUGAGAAUGGAGAAGAAGACAUUAUUAUAAACAAAGCAGUAAACAAGAAGAAGGGACAAAUAGUAAAGGAUUCCACGUUGAGAAAGACUGUCACACCCCACAAGAUGAACAAAUUGAAUCGCAUGAAAAAAUUGAACGAAUUGCUAUCUUACGAGUAUAAGAAUGCAAAGAACAAAGAAAAUGAACCCUUAAAAUGGGGAACUGUACACAACUUUGAUAUAUAUGUAAAUGUAGUAUGGAGAAUUUACCUCUAUUUUUUCUUUUACGACUUUUUUUUCAUAGUACUUAAUCAGCUAUUCUAUAUAUUAUAUGAAAACGCAAACAAAAAUUUGAGAUAUUAUAGCAUUUCUAUAAUUAACAACAUUAUAAAUGACAAUUACUUAUAUUUGAAAUGUAAAAACACACAAAAUAUUUUAUUGUCAUGCUUGACUGAUAACUAUGUCAAGGUGAGAGAAUAUACUCUUUACAUAUACUAUAAUUUUUGUAAAAAUUUUUUAGAAACCGAAUUUUUAUCAAAUUAUUGCAAAAGACAAGAUAUUCAAAGUGAACUACUAGCAUCGUCAUCUUUUUCAUCAGGACUGACAAUAAAAAAUACAACAAAUAAUAACCACAGAAAUGGAAGAGAGAUGAAAGAUAUUAUUUCUUCUUAUGAGGAAAAGAAGAAACUAGUAGAUGAAAAAAAUUUGAAAAAUUAUUACGAUCAAAAAUCGAUAGAUUUGAACCAGUAUAUUACGAACGAAAUUAUAGAUUCGAUUAGGAGAUGCUCAAAGGAUAUCAAAAUUGGAAUAAGAAUUAUCAGUGUUAAGAUAUUAAAAUAUAUCAUAUAUUUUAAUGUGUAUGCAAAAAAAUACACAUGGGAAGUAAACCAAUCAACAUGCGAAAGUAAUUCUAAAAAACAUGAGAACAUAAACAAAUGUAACCAGAACAAUUGUAUUGAUGAUAAUAUAUCAAUAAUGAAUGACUUGAUAGAGAGAUAUAUAUCUACCUUUGACAAUGAAACGAUGAAAAAUACUGUACUAGAUAUAUUUAUUGAAAUUUUUUUUAUUAAUAUAUUCACACAAGCAAAGCAAAAAAAUAUGAAACAAAAUAAAAAAACACACCCAGAAUUAGACACGAGUCAAGAUGAAAUUUCUACUGAGUGCUUUUCUAACGAACAUUUAAUGAGAGGAUAUGAAUCAGAAGAAAGUCAAUCAGCUGGUAUGGAGCAGGACUCGAGUAUCUACACACAAAUUGAAAAAAAUAUAUACACAUUAUUUAUUCACUUAUUGUAUGUCAUGAAGAACAAGCAUAACAUAAAUAUUGUGAAUAAAAUGCUUUCUCAUAUGGAGAAUAAUGUGAAAAUGUAUGACGAAAAGUUGAACUCAUUUUACCAAUUUUUGAAUAAACAUGGUACUGCAAGAGACCUCGAAGAGAAUCACGGCAAGGCAGAAAAUUUGCACAGCACCGCAACAGCAGGAAAAUGCAGCCGAAAAUGUAGCCGAAAAUGUAGCGGAAAAUGUAGCGGAAAAUGCAGCCGAAAAUGCAGCGGAAAAUGCAGCCGAAAAUGCAGCCGAAAAUGCAGCGGAAAAUGCAGCGGAAAAUGUAGCAGAAAAUGCAGUGGAAAGGAUAAUAAAAACUUCACCCAAAAUAACCCAGUCAGAAAAGAAAGAAAUAAUGACAUACUCUAUGAACAUUAUGAUGAAACAAAGGAUAAGAUAGAUACAGACAUGUACGAACAAAAGGAGCAAAAUAGUGUACUGAGAAUUAAGAAUAAUAUUUAUAACAUAUAUUUAAACAAUUCUUACAAAUACUUAGAAGUAUUGACUAAAAAAAGUGUACAAUACAUUUUGGAAGUGUGGGUACAUAAUUUAAUCUUCCUUUUUAUAAAAAGUAGACGGAAUAGUGCCCUUGAAAACGAGACGAAAAAAAUUAUGAACAUUUUUAAUACCAUUAUUGAAAUUAUGCCUAGCUUAUUUAUUAAAUAUGUGAAUUUUUUUUAUCCCUAUAUUUACAACAAUGAUGUGUCAAAAGAUGUAUGUGAGUUACUGUCCUCAAUUAUACCUCACUGCAAAUUAGAUCUAAAUUUAAAACUACAAUUCAAGAGAGUCAAUUUUAACAACUCAUUGUUAUAUCAUCAAAAUAUAUUUAUUUCAAGAUCUUAUAUGCAACUACUAUGCACACUGCACACAUAUAUCUUUUCCAAUUUUCUUUAUUUUAAAUCCUAUAUUCAAGAGUGGUUUAUAAAGCUCUAUAAGUAUAAGUUGUUUUUCCUCAUGAAUAAUUACGUGCUACAGUUGAAUGAUUUUGUAAAGGAGUUUUAUUUUAUUAAUCAGGAAGCGAAGCAAAACAUCAGGAGAGACUUGUGCCGACUGUAUGCACAGGUUGGGGCCGGCUUCUCUGACAAGGGAAAUACCAUCAGAAGUGAUGCUAUCAGUGGUGAUGCUAUCAGUGAUGAUUCCCCUGAUGAGAGUGUGGAUGGAAGCCAUAGAACAAACGAGCAGAGUAACCCCCAAAGGAAGGAAAAUCAUCCCAGCCACUUUUUCAUUUUCGAUAUCAUCGACAUACCGUACGAAGAAUUCAUCUGCCACCUAGACCAGUAUAAAAAAUAUAUCUUCGAUAUGUUUUGCAUAACACACAAUGACAUUUUAAAUGUUAACAAGUACGCCUGGGUCAUUUCUGUCAUGCUUGAAUUUAUCAACAUUAACAAAAUAAUCAUCAAUGACAUGUACACUGAGGGAAGCGUAGAUCCCCACACGCAUGUAUGUUUGAGGGAUGUAGAAAGGAACAAGGGAGAAACACAUACUAAGGGAAAGAAGACAGGCAUAAAUGGAACCACAAUAAACUGUUCCAAUUAUGGAAAAAUUGGAGGAACAAACGGAAUAAUUAAGAAGAAAAAGGAGAAAAUCGAAGCAAACGAAUAUGAAUACAAGAACGAAAACGACAAUAUGAAAUAUAUCAAACUAUCCGAUAUAGCAAAACAUGUACAGAUGUAUAGCCAAGGAAUUGUAUACUUUGAAUUUAUGUACAAUAAACAAAUGGAAUAUAUUAACAAAUGGAAUACACUAAAACUGAAAAAUGAAAUAAUUUCUGAAAUUUUAAAAAAAAAAAUCACGAUUAAAAAAAUUGAAAAUUUUGUUGAAAUAUGUAAUUAUAAAUUUUUUGAUGUAUCCCUAAUUUUAGUUAAUCUAAUAGUAGAUCUCUUUCACAUUACAAAUGAUAUAAAAGGAAAAUGCUUUUUUCUUCUUUGCUUAAGCAAAAUAUUAUCAAAUUUUUAUCAUUCCCAUUUUAUUAAUGACUUGAAAUUAAGAAAUGUUUUUUUCUACUGCAUUAAUUGUUCUAAUCCAAUUUUGCAAAAGAAUUUCCUCUACACUCUGCUUCAGCUAAUUAAGACAUAUGAACAGUUUCUCAAUAAUAAGGAUAAUAUGUUUCUUUCUCAAACUACAGAGCAAAGAAAAUGUGAAAAGGAUCCAAAUGGUCAAAAAACUUCCAUGAUUUUACCUCCCAUGGAACAGAAUAACAAAUUUGCAAAAAAGCCAAAAGUAGUUAAAGCCACAAAAAGCAGUAGUAGUAAUCAUAAUAACUUCUUAAAAGGAGAGAAUAAAAACAUACUUCACACUUGCAUUAGUGACAGUAGUAAAGGUAACCAGUACAAACCUUUGAAAGAAAAAAAGAAUUCCCAAUUGGACACUUCUAACAGCACUAAUACAAGCGAAAAUGUUAAUACAUGUAUUGUUCACUCGGAUAUCCCUAAUAUAAGGACUCGUGAUGAAGCAGAAAAAAAUAACAACUUUGGAGAUACACAUCAAAUGGAUAACCAUAACUAUCAGAAAGAAAGAGUAAAACGAGAAGAAACUUUGGAGUAUGAGGAAACAGAUGGAGAACAUCUCAACCACAUAGAUGAAACGGAAAGAAAGUACUACAUACAAGAAGGAAAAAAAUAUAAUAAAGUUAUAGACAAACAAAUUGAAAAAGAAAAUUCAAAUCCAUUUGGACAAAGUGAUAGACUAAGGAUGGAUAAUGAAAGUGAUACAAGCACACCAAAUUCUGUGAACAAAUUUAAUGCACAAAAUAAUGAUAUCAUACAUGUCCUCUUAGUAGCCUCUUUAUUUUCACAAAAAAUUAUUGAUAUACUAAGUGUCAACCGAUUUAUUUAUAUAGACUGUUCUAUAAAAGAAUUGUAUUUGAUUAAAAAUAUAGGAGUACAAAUUUUGGGGAGUUUAUAUAAAGAGGGAUUUAUACAAAGCACAAAAAUGUCUCCAAGCAUUUUCUGUCUUUGUUUUACUUCAGAUGUAAAAUUAAAAUAUAGAAGCAAAAAAGUUAUUAGUUGCAUUUUAGAGAAGGAAAAUUAUAACUUUAUAAACAAUUUGGCAGAAUGUUUGCAACAUCUACUCUUCUACAUAAUUGAGAAUCAUUAUAUGUGUAAUAAUUCCGAUAGGAGAGGCACAGAUGGUUUGGGAAUCCACACAAGUGAAAAAACUAGUGGAGAAAUAAACCAUGAUAUAUUUCUGUUUAACAAAAUGGAGAAACCUUUUUUUCAGUGUCUUUUGGAUAUCUAUGACAAUUUAACUAAUCCAAAAUUAAAAAUGAAAUAUGUCAAAACAAUACUGAAAGAAGUUGAAAACGCCUGUCAUUUAGUUCUGUAUGACAAAAUCAGGCAUUUUAUACGAGAUGUGGGAACCAAGUAUAAUAGAUUAUCUUCUGAUGGAUCAAGUGGUGGAGGAUUUGACAGGUACAGUGGAAACACUACUACUGGCAAUGGGAACAAUGGAAAUAACGUGAUUGUGCAAAUUCUUCAAGUCAAAGAUAUCUAUGUACAUAUUAUGAGGAACUACUUACUUUUGACAGAACAGGAUAGUGACGAGCUGAAUGAUCCCAACAAUGACAGUGGUUCAGAUUCCCCUCUCUUGAAAAGGACCAUUGUAGCAAGCUCAAAAAGUUCAAACGUAGAGAGUAAAAAAGGAUGCAAAAUGGCUAGAAACAAGGGAAGGAAUAACGAAUUAUAUAACAAAGGAAAUAACAGAAAUCAAAACGCAAGUUGCAGAAGAAGAGGACUAAAAUAUUCAUCAGAUGAAGAGAGAAAAACAGAAUCAGAGACAGAACAACAGGUAAAGAAAUCAACCAAGUUUAGUGGAAAUGCAAAUACAAAAUGCAAGAACAAACAUGACGAUACAUCGAGUUGUGUCUAUCCCAAAUCUAACGAAAGGAACAUCGAAGAAGACUUGUCCAAUGUAGAUACUAGUUCAGAACAUAAUUAUAAUGAGCAUAAUAUACUACAAAAAAUAAAAAAAAAGUAUAAAUAUCUCUUACAGCAUCAGAUGAUCAUAGAUGAAUUUACAUAUAUUAAUUAUUUUUUAUUUUUAUAUAUUCAAAUUUUAAUCAAUCUUCUAUCAUACUUGAGCUUUACAACAUAUAACGAAAUAGCCUUACUAAUUCAUGACAUUAACAAAGUAUACUACAUUAUUUCUUCCACUAUUAAUAUUUCAUCUGACUUAGAUUCUCUCAAAAACAACCAUAUUUACUUCAGUGACAUGGACGAACAAAUGAAGCAGCUACCUAAUGAACACGAAAUGAAUCAACAACAGGAAAAUGAAAAUUUUUCUAUAAUAAAUUUUAAUUUGAGCAAAAUCAAAUGCUUCGUUAUGGUUCUCCUCAACAAUUUCACUAACCACUUGAUUCGCCAUUACAACGUUGACACUUCCAGACUGAACGAACUCAUCGAAGAUGACAACAUAAAGGAAAAUAAAAUAGAAGAAGAAAUCAGAGACGAAAAAAAAAAUAUUUUCAAUUAUUAUGAGUAUAUAUAUGAGUGCAUAGAAAUAUAUGUGGAAGACAAUGCAUCGAUUAUUGAUAAAUACGCUAAACAAAAUUUAAACAUCCAUAACUUAAGCAUGCACAAUUUAAAUAAUGACUACAUAAAUGGACUUAUAAAUGACGGAAAAAACAAAAAACUGACGCAAAAAAAAAAACAGAAGGAAGCCACACGGCAAAGAAGAUUAAUCAUGAAGAAAAAUUUGUAA